ACUUUCGUUUCAGCUGUCAUUCGGGUCGUUAGUGAUGAGAGGCUUCUUUCGAAACCCGAUGAGCAGCCUCCGCGGAAAACGGGCUCGGUCAACAUUGCCGGUUUCAGCUUUCCAAUCGAGGACGAACAGACGGUGGAAAAGCUGGAGGCAACGGUGCGGAGCAAUUGGCUGGUCCGUCAGGCCUACGUCAACCUGUUGCGUUCGCAUAUGACGCGUAGUUCGGAGGCCUACCGGAUCUACGACAUCGUAUCCAGUAAGAUUUUCACCUACCGGGCUCUGCAGAACUACUACCUGACCUUGGAUCGGCAGCCGUACUUCAAGCAGGACAACCGGAAGGCCAUGAUCAACUACGAUAUCUUCCAGGGAUGUAUGCUGGAGGCCUGGUCGGACAAGGGAGUGGAUAGUGCCGCACUGAAAAAUGCUCUGCGAGCUGUUGUGAUGGUCAUUAGUCGGAAACUGAGAAAAUCUGUUAGUUGUCAGAAGCGGUGCUAGAUUAGGGCAAGCAGGGAACAUCGGUAGAAUCGAAGUAUCAACGGAUGGCUGUGCAGAUUUAAAUCUUAUUGAACAGUUCUGGGAACAAUUGUACCUUCAUAAUAAUAUGGUUGUAAAUAUUUGAAAUUAGUAAGGAAUCUUCGGGAUGAAUGAUAUUCUAGACCCUGAUUUCCAAUUCUCUUAAGUUUAGAAUAAAUACAAAGACUUAAAAAAA